AUGCUAGAUCAAGUUACGAGAGAAAUUCAGGGUGAGAUCCCCUGGUGCAUGAUCUUUGCAGAUGAUGUGGCGCUUAUCGGCAACUCAAAAGAAGAUGUCGAAGAAAAACUGGAAUUGUGGUGCAAGACUCUAGAAUCGAAGGGCUUCAAACUUAGUAGAACUAAAACCGAUUAUCUGAAGUGCGAUAUCAGCGAUUCAGGGAGAGUUGAAGGGGACAUUAUGCUGGAUGGACAACCUGUACCAAGGAAAGAAUCGUUUCGCUAUCUGGGAUCGGUACUCCAGAGUAAUGGGGGCAUCGAGGAGGAUAUUCGCCAUAAAACCCAAUCUGGAUGGGGCAAAUGGCGUCUGGAUUCUGACAUCCUUUAUGACCACAAAGUGCCGCUAAAUCUUAAAGGUAAGUUUUACAAAUCCGCGAUCAGGCCCGCCAUGCUACACGAUGCGGAAUGUUGGGCGAUAAACAACAGGGACACUUUGAGACUGAAGAGUACCGAGAUGCGGAUGCUAAGGUGGGCUUGCGGACAUAUGAGUCAUGACCGUAUCAGGAAUGAGUACGUACGUAAGAAACUUAUGGUAGCGACAAUCAAGGAGAUGCUAGCACAACACUGGCUGCGCUGGUUUGGGCAUCUCCAGCGAAGACCGCCUGAUGCCCCAGUGCGAGUAGGUCGCAUCAUGCGCGCUGAAGAAAGGAUGCAAUGA